AUGACAUCCGACGAUGAGAAGAUUGUGAUUCGACUCACCGAUCGGCAGGAUCAAUUAUGGCGCAAUUUCGCCAAACACACCACUGAAAUGGUCGUCACCAAGACGGGAAGAAAAAUGUUCCCGAAACUCGAGUACGAGUUGAGCGGCCUCGAGCCGGACGUGCUCUACGCGCUCGUCUUGCAAAUCGAGCAGGUCGACAGCAUGCGCUACAAGUUCGCCAAUGGCGUGUGGACGGCGUCGGGCGCCGGCGACGCGUCGCCCGCACCCAAAAAGGUGUGGCACGCCGAUGGUGUGAUGACGGGCCGACAAUGGAUGGCGGGUCCGGUGAAUUUCGAUCGGCUCAAAAUCACGAACAACGCGAUGGACACGUGCGGAUCACAUAUCUAUCUACACUCGAUGCACAAAUACGUUCCGGUGUUGUCGGUGUUCGUCUCGCCGUCGGACUCGCCGUUUGUCGUGCCGCAACACAGUCGCGCGCAACUCGUCGCCGUCGCGCGCAUCCCGCACACCGAGUUCAUCGCGGUCACCGCUUAUCAGAAUCAAUCAGUGACAUCGCUGAAAAUCGCGCAUAACCCGUUCGCAAAAGGUUUCCGCGAAUCAUCGGACCGCAAAAGGAUAUCGCCGUCGGCCGACGAGCUCGCCGACGAUUCGUCGUCGCAGUCGAGUUCGCCGCCGGCGAAAAAGCUGAAGUCGACGAGCCCGAUGCCGGCUCCGAUCGUGCCGCAAUUGUUCGCGCCGAUGAUGUUCCCCUAUCAGCGAUUCAAUCCGUUCAUGUUCGCCGCGCCGCCGCCACCGCCGUCACCAUCGUCGCACCAACACCACCACCAUCAACACCAUCCGGGAUUCCCGUUCAAUUUUCAAUUUUUGUCCCAAAUGGCCGCACUUCAGAAUUUCAUUGUUGAGCCGCCGAAAAAUCAAGUGGAUCAGUCGACAUGA